AUGCUAGCACCACGUCUUUCCUGGCAAGAGGCAAAACAAUUUCUUUCCAUUUUCUAUCCUCCCAAACCAACUUUUCUUCCCGCUGAUUACCCAGAUUUGUCUGGUAAAGUAGUGAUUGUUACCGGUGGUAAUACCGGGGUUGGUUACCACACUGCUAAAUUGAUGGCUGGUGUUUGUAAUGCCAAGGUUUAUAUUCUUUCUAGAAGUGAAGAGAAAUCUAGAGUCGCAAUAGAGAAGAUCCAGAACGAAAUCCAGAACGAAUAUAAUAAAGAUGUUGAGUUGCACUUUAUUAAACUUGAUUUAGGUGAUUUGUCUACGAUUAAGCAAACAGCGAACGAAUUCUUGAAAAAAGAAAAUAGAUUGGAUAUUAUCAUCCAUAACGCAGGUGUUAUGACUCCUCCUAUGGGAUCCAAGACAGCUCAAGGGUACGAUUUACAAUGGGGUACUAAUGUUCUUGGGCCAUUCUUAUUGCAAAAGUUUUUGGAUGCACUUUUCAUUCAAACUUCUAAAAAGAAUCCACCGAACUUAAGUCGCGUUGUAUGGGUAUCAUCUACUGCUCAUUUCAGUGCUCCUGCAAAUGGGGGAAUAUACUGGGACGACUUGAAUUUUGCAGAUCCAUCAAAAAAGUAUGCAAAUGGUGAAAUAUAUGGCCAAUCAAAGGCUGGUGUUAUAACGAAUGCAAUCCAGUGGUCAAAAAGAAAUUCCAACGGUAAUAUAACUUCCGUAAGUCUAUGUCCUGGUGGAUUGAAAACUGAUUUACAAAGACAUUUGCCAGGAAUUGUUAGAUCUCUUUUGAACUGUAUCUUGUAUGAUGCGGUUUUUGGUGCUUAUACUGAGAUGUUUGCGGCUGUGUCACCUGAAGUAACUGAAAAUAAUGAACACAGAAUGAUUAUUUCUUUUGGUAGAUUUGGAAUAAUAAGAAAAGAUAUUGAUGAAGGUGCAAAUGGAGAGAACGGAGAGAAGUAUUGGAACUACGCGGAGAAGGAGGUUUCAAAGUACCUUUAA